AUGGAAUCCCACAACAGCAGUGUGGUAAAGGGUUUUAUCAUCCUGGGGUUUUCUGCUUCUCCUCUGCUUCGCAUACUGUCAUUUGUGCUGGUCUUGGCCACCUACAUCCUCACAGUCACCGCCAAUGUUAUCAUCAUCUCAGUCAUCAAGACAAACUGUAACCUGCAGCGCCCCAUGUAUUACUUCUUGGGUAAUUUCUCCUUCAUGGAGAUCUGGUACACCACGUCUACUGUGCCCAAGAUGCUGGAAAGUUUUCUGGUUGGUGGGAGUACUAUUUCCGUGGCAGGCUGUAUCUCCCAGCUCUAUCUUUUCUUUGCCUUGGGCUCCACUGAAUGUUUCUUGCUAGCGACUAUGGCCUAUGACCGCUACUUGGCUAUCUGCCACCCUCUGCACUAUCCAUCACUUAUGACUCUGCAGAUAAGUAUCUGGAUGGUGGCAGCAGCCUGGGGGGCUGGAUUCCUUGCUCCCUUGGUUCCUAUUGUAUUCAUUUCUCAGCUUUCAUUCUGUGGGCCUCAGGAAAUUCACCAUUUUUUCUGUGAUGCUGGACCCCUGCUGAGACGGACAUGUGGGGCUGCCUUUUUCAGCUCGACGCUGGUGACAGUCUUGGCCUCUAUAGUCAUCCUCAGCACCUGCUUGCUUACUGCCAUUUCCUACACCUUCAUCAUCUUCACCAUUUUCCGUAUCCCUUCAGCCAAUGGGAGGCAGAAGGCGUUUUCAACUUGUGGCUCUCACCUCACUGUAGUGGUCAUUUACUAUGCUACAGUCAUUUUUAUAUAUGUACGGCCCAUCUCCCCUAUUGCUUCUGAGCUGGACACAGUGGCAUCGAUGUUUUAUGCCGUAGUCACCCCACUGCUGAAUCCAGUGAUUUACAGCCUAAGGAACAAGGAAGUGAAAGAAGCUCUGAAGAAGCUGGUGAACAGAAAGCAGGUGUUUGUGAAGAACAUUGGAAGCAUAAUAAUGGAUGCAUUGUACAGGAAAGAAAUCAUAUACUCUUAG